UCAUUAACAUUUAGAGCAUGGGUGGUGGUCCGGCUCCCUUUUCUCGCUCUCAAUCAUCUUUGUCUAUGAAGUCGACCGGAUCAAUGGUUGAAAUUACAAGGGAUCUCGAAAACACGAAUUUGGAGAAUACCCCUGUACUAACUGUACCAGAACCGCAGAAAGAGGAUGAGAAGUUCAGGCUAUUGUACGCGCGUUCUAAGGUGUAUAUCUACCCAACAGCCUACGCAAGAGAUAAUGUACCUGGCUGGGUGGCCCUAGUCAAGCAGGAGGCCCCGCAACCAGUUUAUCUUCUCUCUUGGCUGCCCGAGUCAUUGUUGCAGCGGAAGGGACACGAGGAGUUGGAAAAGUACGUGCAUGUAGAGGCGGAGGAGUAUGACGAACAAGAUGGCGUCUUGAUCAGUCCCCCAGUGCCUAGAGGGGAAUUGUACGCGUUCUCAGUCCCGCUGUCAAUGAUUUACAGCAUCAUUAUGAGCGCGCCGACGUUAUCAGCAUGGUAUGGCACCAUGACUCUCAACCUGAUCAGUGGCUCCACUCUCCCAAAACUCUACUUCCAUGACGACGAGUCUCGGUCUUUGCAUGAACGUCCUCGCGAAGGAAGCCUGACGCCUAAGUGGGGUGGGGAAGCUCUCCUUCACCGCCUUCGAAGCUACUGUACCGUCCUCAAGUCUUCGUUGCAAUCCGGACUAUAUCUGAUUGACCCAUCGUUAUCCGACAAGGAGGCACAUUCGACUAUCCUAUUUGACGAUGGGGCGGUGGAUGACAUCAUGAACCCCGUGCCCAAACACAGAAGGCCCAGCAAGCCAUCCAAAUCUGGACAGUCACAGUCUGCCCCACCCAGCCAGAGAAAUUCCAUUCUUCAUGAGGGUCUCUCUGGUUCUUCAAGCUCUAACUCGACCUUUGAGCGAGGUGUUCUGACCGCGUUUUCCCACAUCACACAGCAGGCGAGACAUGCGGCUCAGACAAUCCUGUCGCACCCUUUGGCACAGCCAAUCGUACCCCAUCUUCCAGAACCUGUUAAGAGUCUGGUGCAUGCGGAUGGUGAGUGGUCUGGCUGGGUUGAGAAAGGGGGCGUCGGGGAAUACGAAAGCGCGCGGGUUUACUUGGCUCGGUGGGCAAGGAUUGUUGCGGAAGCCGGAGAACGGGCACGCCAACAGGAGUCUCCUGCUGACCCGGACAGUUCACUACUGCAUGUCUCUUCUGAUCUUGGGGUGUUCGAAGUGCUGGCAACCUCGAACAAUCUUCCACCGCCCAAGCCCACACGGAAUCCGAAGGCUCCUAUUCAAGAACACGAGUGGGACGCAUGGUUCUCUUCCACAGGCAGACCGACCGUUGAGUGGUCGUUUGUGAGGACGGAAAUAUUCCGGAGGGGGCUAACUCCGGAAGUUCGUCCGAAAGCUUGGCCAUUCUUGCUUGGAGUCUUUUCCUGGACGACUGAUGCAAUCGAGCGUGCAACACUUUUCGCAAAACAGAAGGCUCAGUAUAAUCAGAUCAAGUCUCUUUGGAAGGACAACGAAGAAGUACUUCAACGGGAGGAUGUGGUCGAGGAACGUCAUCGCAUAGAUGUGGAUUGUCGGCGGACUGAUCGCACGCACCCGUACUUUGCUAUGCCAGAAGAAUGGACUGGAUCCAUGUCCGAGUUCCCCCAGUCUCCCGUUGGACAAUCACCAGCGAAUGAGCACGUCCAGAACCUGAUGAGCGUUCUCACGACCUACAAUUUCUAUGAAAAAGAAUUGGGCUACGUUCAGGGCAUGUCCGACCUCUGCUCGCCGUUGUAUGUUGUCUUCGAGGGCGAUGAGUCUAUGACAUUCUGGUGUUUCACGAGAUUCAUGGAGCGGAUGAAACCCAAUUUCUUGCGAGAUCAGAGUGGCAUGAAGAAGCAGCUGUUAACCUUGCAGCAACUGAUCGCAGUCAUGGAUCCUGAACUGUAUCGUCACUUUGAGAAAACCGAAUCUCUUAAUCUCUUCUUCUGCUUCCGAUGGAUUCUCAUAAUCUUCAAGCGAGAGUUCUCGUUCGACGAAGUCAUGAGCUUGUGGGAGAUUCUCUGGACGGAUUGUUACAGCACGCAGUUCGUCCUGUUCGUCGCGCUGGCGGUGCUGGAAUCACAUCGUAACGUGAUCCUUCGCUAUCUUGUCGAGUUCGACGAGAUUCUGAAAUAUUGCAACGACCUUAGCAUGACCAUUGAUUUAGACUCGACGCUUGCGCAAGCUGAGGUGCUCUUCUUGAGCUUCCAGCAGCGCGUCGCCGCUAUAGAAGCCAGACGGAAAGAACAGGAUGCAUCUGUGGAUGCCGUUGAAGGCAUCCGCAAGCGCAGAGGUAGCAAGGCGCCCGAAGACAAGCUUGAUGCUGUCGAGUUGCCCGUUUUGAGUGAAAACUUAAUGGAGCUUCUUGAGAAUGAGCGUGGUUGAUGUGUAACGAGAUCUUCUGCAUUGUACUACUAUCGCAUGAUUUUCUUCCUUCUCAGAAUGUAUGCCCAAUUAAACGAAAAC